AUGGGCUUGUUGUCUGAUUCCAAAGCCAAGCAGCCGGAUCGCGAUUUGGACUCCAUUUAUGACAUGAUGGUGGAAUACCAAGAUUUCCCAAAGCCUGGCAAGCCGUUUGUUGACGUGUUUCCUAUUCUACGUGACCCUCAAGCGCUUCAAGUGGUUGUCGAUCGAUUCGUGGAUCAUUUGCGUGACAAACAAGUGGAUGUCAUUGUCGGCCUUGAAGCACGUGGUUUUGUACUCGGCCCAGCUGUGGCCAUUGGUCUCGGGAUUCCCUUUGUUCCCAUCCGGAAAAAGAACAAGUUACCUGGUGAAUGUUUUUCAGUGAGCUAUGAGAAGGAAUAUGGCCCUGAUGUCCUCGAGAUACAAAAAGGAUCCAUUCGUCCUGGUGCAAAGGUGGUAACGAUGGAUGAUGUCUUGGCAACAGGAGGCACUGCACAAGCUGCUGAAAAGUUGAUUCGUAUGAUGGAAGCUGUACCACUAGAAACCAAUGUUAUACUUGAAGGCAAGAUUUUAAAGGGUGCAGAUCUACUGGAAGCACCGGUAUUUUCAUUGUUUCAAAUAUAA